CCACUGUACGGGAAUCUUGUUCAGCGGAACCAGAUACACGUUACCUGGUUAGCCGGGAACAGCGGGGUUAAGCGUGCAAGGGCUCCUCCACACAAAAUGAUCAAGGGGAAACCGUGGAACAGGGGUAAGGUAGAAGCUCCCUUUCUGAGUGAUUUCAGUGAUUUCUUGCCAUCAUAAGCAAUCAAGACAUCAUCGUCUUUUGAGGAUCUGUGUGUCAUAGAGAAGGAUAUUGCGGUACAGACUAAAUUUUGAUCCUGGAAGUCAUUGGGAUUGGAACUUCCUACUGAUAAACUGAAGCAUUGGAAUAUAUAAACACACUACUCUUACCUUUUUCCUACUCAAUCAGUCCCCAUUUGAUCUAUUUGUGCAAAAAAGCCCUUUACUCUUUCAGAUGGAAGUGCCUGUGAGACAAGUAAUUGUUCAGCUGACUGGUUUCAGAGACACAGAAAAAGAUUCUUUGGCCGGAAUGCUCAGCAAGCUACCCUGUGAAUUUAUCGAUGGUGAAAAAUUUCAAAACUGUACACACCUAAUUGCAAAGAAACCUUGCAGAAGUGAAAAGUGGCUAGCUGCCUGUGCUUCAGGAAAGUGGGUACUGACUAAAGAGUACGUAAUUAACAGUGCAGAAAGCGGCAGAUGGCUUGAUGAAACGACUUACGAAUGGGGAUAUAAAAUGGAAAGAGACGCCCAUUAUUCACCUCAGAUGCAAGCUGCACCAAAAAGAUGGCGCGAACACCUGACACACACUCGUGCUCUUGGGGCCUUCAGCAGAUGGAAAGUGGUCCUUCUUAUUGAGAAUGCUGAUAAAGAAAGGGAGUCUUUUCUGAGAGUUCUCACGGCUGGUCAAGCAACUGUGUGCGAUGCACAGAAGACGAAGGGAGGAGUCACGCAUGUUUUUACCAAUAAUAAAAGCUUCUUGAAUGAAAAAGAAAGGAGUUCCAAUGCUCCAUAUUACUCAGUGCUUUACCUUGGAGCAUAUCUUCUAGAGGAUCCAAUUGAAAACAUUUCAAGAGAAAUGACUGAAGAACAGAUUGCAGAGCUAAAAGGUUCCAUCUGGAAACGAUUUUGCAUGGCACAGAUAUGCCGCCAAAGGUGUACAAGAAAGUUCACAGGGUUUUUCGAGAAGUCUAAGGUUAUGCGUAAUGAAAUUGGGCAAUCAAGUUGGAAUAGAAUUGAAGAACUUAUAGAUGGACAUUUCUUCACUGAAGCAUUUGGAGAAAUUGAAAAUCUCCUUCCUUCAUUGUUCCCUCAGAAAUGUUUCAUGUCCCUCCUCAAGAACUUUAUUCAGGGACAUGUGGACAUCAACCAUUUUGAGAGAUUUUUUGGUGUGUUUUCCAAUCUUUUGCAUUAUCAUCCUCCGUGGGAAUCUGUUUCCAUGUCCCAGUUUUACCUCAAUAUUCUUCAGUGUCCUAUUUGUAAAAAGGGGACCUGGUCCUUCAUCGAAGCCCUGAUACGGUGUUUUAUUGAUGAUGCUUUCUGCUUAUGCCAUGAAACGUUUGAUCUGGAAAUUGAUACUAAUAAAAGAAGAAAAGUUGUUGCAGCAGUCCUGAAAUUUAUUAUCAACAUAAUGCAGGAAGAGGCAAAAUCACUGAGUGCAAGACUUUCUGAGCGGACAGAAUCCCAUAAAACAUUGUUUCCAUCUUUUAUUGUUGGAGUCUUUUGGCCUGAGACCAGGACUAUGGUGUUUCUAAACAAGAAUUUGACAAUACUAACAGACCUUGUAAUCAUGUCCUACAAGAAAGAACUUCAUUCAAAGAGUGUAUUAUCUGAAGAGAUUGCCACACUAUUGAAUGGGAUGCUGGCAGCUACUGUGGACUUCUGGAUACUGCUUGGAUUCUACCUAAACAAGAAUUUGCUGCAUCAGGUGGCCAGUGAUUUUCUAUACUACAUCUGUGUUUCAUGUGAAGAGUUUACUCUAGAAGAAAAAGAACAGUUUGUUUGUUCUAUUGCUUCAUCUUGGCUUCAGAUGUUGGUCUCAGAAAUGAUAUUCAAGAACCUUUACCUAGAGAACAGUGUUAACAUGCCCUCUGAGCCAAUAACUUUGGAGAAGCUGACUUGCACGUAUAUCCCAGCUCUCUGGAAAGCAGGGGCAAGGAGCAGUGAAAAAGUCCAGAAACUCCAAGGAAAAAGGAAAAUAGGGCAGCGGCCUUGCCUGGAGUCUCAAAGGGCUUUACUGAUGCUAAAUGGUGAAAAUCAAAACCAAGGCGAUGUGCUGCUUGAUCUGCCGAUUGCCUCAAAGUUAAGGAAGAGGACUCAAGGAGGUGCCGAUGCUACAGUGCGACUAAAAUCCAGCUGCCAAAACAGGAAAGGAGAAACUGUCCUUCAUAGAAUUUGCAGAAGCAACAAUGUCAUAAAGCUCACUGAACAACUCAGCCUUCCAGGAGUCAGCGUUAAUGCCAAAGACAAUGCUGGCUGGACGCCUUUGCAUGAAGCGUGUAACCAUGGCAGCACAGAAUGUGUCCGUGAAAUUUUGCAGCGCUGCCCAGAAGUAGACCUGCUCAGUCAUGUGGAUGGUGUGACUCCCUUACAUGAUGCUCUACAAAACAGACACAUUGAUAUUGGCAAAAUACUACUUCAGCAUGGGGGAUCAGUCCUUUUGCAGCAGAUGGAUUGUUUCGGGAACUUUCCAUUGGAUUAUGUCUGUUCACCACAUCUGAAAAAUGAACUUUUUGCAGUUGUCCAGGUGGAGGAAACCAUUGAGGAGUUUCACAAUAAGACUGUUUUAAAAUCUGAAGGCCAUAAACUUGAAUUUGGUGCCUUUCUCCUAACACGAAUGUUAUUAAAUUUCAUUUGUCUAUAUGGUCUGCCUUCAGAUCUUGGUACUGCCAAGAUAGUUUGCCCUAAUUCCGCUUUUUUGUUCAGUUAUACAAAAAAAACACCUUCGUCAUUUAGUAACUCUAUAGUAGAGUGCUAUAUUGGAGCUGUAGCUACUAUGCAUACGUUGAGUGAUUUUUUACAUACUGUUCCGGAAUCUUUGUUGCAGAACCCUGGUUUCAAUGUGCAAGUUCUGUUCACUCUUCUACGCACCCUGGCCUCUUGUUCAUCAGUUCCUAUAAUGGAAUAAUGUGACCAGAUAUGCAGUGUACAAGGCUCAUUGUACAUAAUAACACAUUAAUGACAAACUUACAUGACAUUGCUGCCAAAUUUCUGCACUAGCAUACACUUUUCCAGUAGGGAGAAUGUUUUUGUUUUUCCCAAAAUCCCAAAGUUUGUUAUACAACUCUGUUUUCUGCCAUUAAGUGGUUGGUAAAUAUACAUAUUGUACGUAACAAAAUGCAGUUCUGCUCUUCCACUGACGAAGGCCAGAACAGUACUGCCAAUAUUGCAGUAGCACUGGCAACACUUACUUGAUCACGUCUAUUUGUUGGACAGUCCUCAACAUUUCCAAAAUCAAAAGAACUAGAAAUGUGUUAUGAAGCUAUAGAAGGUAUAUCUUUACAUGCACUGGUAAGGUCAUUUAAAGGAAAAGUCCAGCAUGAGCUUUUUAGGCUGGGCUUCUCCUAAGGGUCACAGGAGUGCAAUUAGUUUUGCACUCCUGUGACCCGUUUUCAGCAGAGAGCAGUCUGAAGUCCGCUCUCCGCUGACGUCACGGCCAUCAGUCGGGACAGCGUGUCAUCCCGAUUUCCAGGUCUGGAUCCGCCAGCUGCCUUGAUUGAUGGCAGUCUCAGUGACUCAGCGAGCCACUGAGAUGGCCGCUCCCCGCCC